CAGGCGUGCUGCGGGCCGUUAGCUGUCAGUGGAGCGGCGGCGGCGGGUUGCGGGUCCGGCGUCUGUGGGGGCCAGGCCGGCUAACUGACUGAACGCGCGCGGCCGCGGCGGCGGGAGGCAGCGCGGCCCCGGCUCCCCGCCAGGUCAGCAGGGACCCGCGGGCGGCCCGCUUCGCAGGCAAGAUGGGGAACCGGGAGAUGGAGGAGCUGAUUCCGCUGGUGAACCGGCUGCAGGACGCCUUCUCGGCGCUGGGACAGAGCUGCCUCCUGGAGCUGCCGCAGAUCGCCGUGGUGGGCGGCCAGAGCGCCGGCAAGAGCUCGGUGCUCGAGAACUUCGUGGGCAGGGACUUUCUCCCUCGAGGGUCCGGCAUUGUAACGAGAAGGCCUCUUGUGCUGCAGCUUGUUACUUCCAAAUCAGAAUAUGCUGAGUUUCUACAUUGCAAAGGAAAAAAAUACACUGAUUUUGAUGAAGUUCGCCAUGAAAUUGAAGCAGAAACAGAUCGAGUGACUGGAAUGAAUAAAGGCAUUUCCUCAAUCCCCAUUAAUUUACGAGUCUAUUCCCCACAUGUGUUAAAUCUAACCCUUAUUGAUUUACCUGGAAUUACUAAAGUGCCGGUGGGAGAUCAGCCACCAGAUAUUGAGUAUCAGAUCAGAGACAUGAUUAUGCAGUUCAUCACACGGGAGAACUGUCUGGUUUUGGCUGUCACCCCAGCCAACACAGAUCUUGCAAACUCAGAUGCGCUGAAGCUAGCUAAAGAAGUCGAUCCUCAAGGUCUAAGAACCAUUGGAGUCAUCACUAAACUGGAUCUUAUGGAUGAAGGAACAGAUGCCAGGGAUGUUUUAGAGAACAAGCUCCUGCCUCUUCGCAGGGGUUACGUGGGGGUGGUAAACAGAAGCCAGAAGGACAUAGAUGGGAAGAAGGACAUUAAAGCUGCCAUGCUGGCGGAAAGGAAAUUCUUUCUCUCACACCCGGCUUACAGACAUAUUGCUGAUCGGAUGGGGACCCCACACCUGCAGAAGGUCCUUAAUCAGCAACUUACCAACCACAUUCGAGAUACUCUCCCAAACUUCAGGAACAAGCUACAGGGACAGUUGCUCUCCAUAGAACACGAAGUGGAAGCCUACAAAAACUUCAAGCCGGAAGACCCCACCAGGAAGACCAAAGCUUUGCUGCAAAUGGUUCAGCAAUUUGCCGUGGACUUUGAGAAAAGGAUCGAGGGGUCAGGGGAUCAGGUUGACACCCUGGAGCUCUCAGGGGGUGCUAAGAUCAACCGAAUUUUCCAUGAACGUUUCCCUUUUGAGAUAGUAAAGAUGGAGUUCAAUGAGAAAGAACUGCGGAGAGAAAUAAGCUAUGCAAUCAAAAACAUACAUGGUAUCAGGACUGGGUUGUUUACUCCAGACAUGGCAUUUGAAGCAAUAGUCAAAAAACAAAUUGUAAAGCUGAAGGGCCCUUCUUUGAAGAGUGUAGAUCUGGUAAUGCAGGAGUUAAUCAACACUGUCAAGAAGUGUACCAAAAAACUGGCCAACUUCCCCAGACUCUGUGAGGAAACAGAGAGGAUUGUUGCUAACCACAUUCGCGAGCGAGAGGGGAAGACAAAGGACCAGGUACUUCUAUUGAUAGACAUCCAAGUUUCCUACAUCAACACCAACCACGAAGAUUUCAUUGGCUUUGCAAAUGCUCAACAGAGGAGCAGUCAGGUUCACAAGAAAAACACAAUUGGAAAUCAGGGAACCAAUCUUCCGCCUUCAAGGCAAAUUGUGAUUCGCAAGGGCUGGUUAACCAUCAGCAACAUUGGCAUCAUGAAAGGAGGCUCUAAGGGAUACUGGUUUGUCCUUACUGCUGAAAGCUUGUCCUGGUACAAAGAUGAUGAGGAAAAAGAAAAGAAGUAUAUGCUUCCUUUGGACAACCUGAAAGUUCGGGAUGUGGAAAAGAGCUUUAUGUCUAGCAAGCACAUUUUUGCACUCUUUAAUACAGAACAAAGGAAUGUGUACAAAGACUAUCGCUUCCUUGAGCUGGCAUGUGAUUCCCAGGAGGAUGUGGACAGCUGGAAAGCCUCUCUGUUAAGAGCUGGGGUUUAUCCUGAUAAAUCUUUAACUGAAAAUGAUGAGAAUGGCCAAGCAGAAAACUUUUCCAUGGACCCACAACUGGAGAGGCAAGUGGAGACCAUUCGCAACCUCGUGGACUCCUACAUGUCUAUUAUCAACAAAUGUAUCCGAGAUCUAAUUCCAAAAACGAUAAUGCACCUUAUGAUCAAUAAUGUGAAAGAUUUCAUAAAUUCAGAGCUCCUAGCACAGCUAUAUUCUUCAGAGGACCAAAACACUCUGAUGGAGGAAUCCGCUGAACAGGCCCAGCGCAGGGAUGAGAUGCUCCGAAUGUACCAAGCCCUUAAAGAAGCCCUCGUGAUCAUCGGCGACAUCAACACUGCCACCACGUUCACCCCCGCACCGCCUCCUGUGGACGACUCCUGGAUCCAGCACUCCCGCAGGUCACCCCCUCCGAGCCCCACCACACAGCGGAGGCCCACCCUGAGCACCAUGCCCCCGCGGCCCACGCCUGGCCGGGGACCUGCACCUGCUGCCCCCUCACCAGGACCCCAUGCAGGGGCGCCCCCGGUCCCCUUCCGGCCCGGCCCGCUGCCUCCGUUCCCCAGUGGCAGUGAUGCGUUUGGGGCGCCUCCGCAGGUCCCGUCCCGGCCAGCCAGGGCUCCGCCCAGCGUCCCCAGCCGGAGACCACCCCCAUCACCAACUCGUCCCACUAUAAUCCGUCCACUAGAAUCCUCCCUGUUAGACUAAACCAAGUGUCUGGCAUGGCAAUUAAUUACUAAUGAAUUAUGCAAAAGCAGCACAUUUGGUAACUGUCACAGUAAACCAGGAGUAGUCGCAUGUGUGUGGAUACCAGUAGGCAAGUAACCAGUUUGACUAAUGCAUUCAUCACUCAUCCUCAUUGCUGGUGAUAUGUCAAACCUUUGGGGCUUGACUCUUGAAAACUGCUGACCCUUCGAGGCAUUUUUUGUCGCCCUGAGCGAGGUAGGUUUGUGCAGUGGCCCUGUGCUUUGGGGACCACUUGCCCACCCUGGCAUAUAUUUGAAAUCGCUUUGGACAAGUUUUGCAGAUUACCUACCAGAUAGCCUAUUAAACAUAAUUCUUAAGAGAUAGUAGAUGGUGGACUUAUUUGCCUAAGCCAUGCACAUUCAUUUUCCCACGUUCUGUUCUAGCUGACAGAAAUUAUGUUGUCUAUUAUUAAUGUUUCCUCCUACUUCAUAAUUACUUAUUUAGAUCCUCUUUCCUUUCUGUUUAUUUCAUAAGACUGCUAGGAAGUGGUUUUUUUAAAUUAUGACUCCUUAAGAAUAAAACUUUUCCAAAAGCACAGUGUAAUUUGCAAAGGAAAAGUUAAUGUAUGGCUUGCUCUAGAGAGCUUCCCCCCAUGCCAAUAUGUUUUGCUUCAUGCUAGAAGCAUAUUCAACAGCGUAUUAAAGCUUGUGUUUUCAUAGUCAGUAGAUUUGGCUAGUUUCAGAGUUCAAGGAAGAAGCAAAAUAUCACAUCUCUAGAAGCAUCUGGAAAACUGUAAUUUCUUUAUUCACCUAUUAUUCACCUCCUCAUAGAUUACAGGGAAGGUGGAUAUGGAAUAUAUUUAAUUUUUCUUAUCAAUCUAAUUUUAGGCAUGGCUAACUACACUGUGACACUAACUGCAGUUUAUUUAUUUAUUUGGUUGGUUGGAACAAAGAUAUUUGUCUCUUUUUGUGCUAACUUGUAAUUCCCUUAUGUAAGAAUUUAUCCUGCCUUUAAAACAGGUUUACUGUAACUUUCUAUCCAUUCUGGGCUUUCUUAGUAAAUCUCCAGCCUUACUAUAGGACAACCAUAUUUAAAGAAUGGGACCUGGAGUGGAAAGAAAAAGCAUUUAAUAAGAGAUGCCAUGGUUUUUAAGAGCAGCACUCACGCUUUUACAGUCCGACAACUUCAGAGUCUCUAUCCAGGUCAUUCCAGAAAACAGUAUUAAGACAUUGAGAUCUAAAGCAAAUUGGCAAAUUCUAAAAUUUCUAAAAUUUACAAGCACAGUUUAGCCUGGGGGUUAAUAGUUCAGUCUUGAAGCUAAGUUUUAGACUAGGUAAGACCAGAUGAUUAGCAUGUCGGAAACAGCCAGGAGCCAACUGGAAUUUUGUCUGCAAACUGUUCCAGACAGCAGACCCAGUAUUUACCGAAUAGUGGUGUCCCACGACACUAUUUCAUAUUCUACAGAAGUAAAUCAGGUUUCACCGACUGAAAUGUCGCCCCUUGAAAGCAGCAAAUGUGAUUUGUAUGUUAACCGAACUUUAAUUUCCUGUGUAGUUUAUACACAAACAGACAUCCAUAAAGUAUGGAGUAAAAACUCUUAACCAUUCAUUAUAAAAAAGAGAAUUUGCCAAGCUGAAUGCCUAGCCCACUUAUAAUAGGCAAAAAUUAGAGAAUACAAGAUUUACAAAAAGGCAUUUCAACUUUUAAGUUAAAAGUGAUUGUAUAAAAAACACCACUCUAGAUCUUGUAUCUCAUUUCUCAUUGGAAAAAAAGAUUAACUCUUUGCGGAUGGAAUAGAUGUGCAAGUACAUACUGUAUAUUAAAUAGAGCACCACAGCUAAAUGGAAAUACGUUAAAUAAGUGUCCUCAGUAAAAUGAAUAAUCUACAGUGAGGCCUUUUCAGAAAAGUCCCUCUUUUUAGGAUUCCCUUUGCUUCUUCCUUUGAAUUCUCUAAAAUAGGCAGCUAACGGAUUAUGUACUUCAUGGUUUGGCUUUGUGCUAAAUGUGGUUUUGUGUUUUGCUGUAUUUCAAAAAUUUCUUUCUGUUAAAGGAAAAUAUUGUGGAUAACCACUGAUGUGUUCUUAGAUCAGCACAAACCAUGUCAAAGUAAAUUGGAGCUAUUUUUCCAAGUUUCUUUCCACUGAUCUUAUGCAGUCAUAAACAAUAGCAUUCGUCAUCUUUGGCUUUUGUUCUCAGAUUAUAACCCCACAGUUUCCCUGUCCCACUCAUCUCUCUUUAUGGGUAAAUUUUUGUUCUGUUUUCCUUCUAAGUUCUGUCCAGUAGCCCCCCAGUCUCCCCUGGAAUUUCAGCAAUCAUGUUGGAGUAUUUUCAGUUUGCUGCAGUACUGUGUCCUAUGAUUAAUAUUAAUCCCGUUUCCCAAAGGGUUUGCAUCCUUCUUAAAGGAGAUGUCACUGUGAACGAACUUAGAAGCUCUAGGACUCCAUAGCUUCAAUGGCAUCGUUUGUAUCAGGCCUUAAGAUGGGAAUGUAGCUGAAUGAGCGUUCUAAGUGUUUCCCACACCACUUCUAAUCUUUUGUGUAACUUCCUCUGAACUGAUUGCUCUGAUGUUGUCUACACAAUAGAUGUCUAGUAUAGUAAAAUAAAAUACAUGGUGUUUUUAAGAUUUGGAAAAAUUAAGUGUAUAUGUUUAUUUGAUAGGUAAAUCUAUUUUAUUGUCACAUGCUAAAUCUUGCAUGCUUGUUGACUAAUUGGAAUAACCAUUUACUCAGUUGUGAACAGAUUAUUGAAAUAGUAUUGAUUUAGAACAGAUAUACUGCAUUUUCAGAAGGCAUCCACCAUGGCUGUUCUUCUGAAUAUUGAUUUUAGCUAUGUUUUAUAACAAAGAAGAGCAGUAGAAUCUCUUAAUUAGCAAAUUGCCUACUUGUUCAGAUACAAACUCAUUCUAUUCCAAAACAUUAUAAUAAAACCAGUUCCUGUGAUAUAACUAUAAGCCUUCUGAACUUAGAAUUAAAAGGUAGUCAUGUAGAUUAAUUUUAUGGCUCUUUUAGUAUAGACUUUAGCCAUAAUUCACAAAUAUGAAAUGGGACCUAAUACCAGUAUGUGAUAAAUGUUGAUGUUUUCUGUGUACAAACACAUUUUCUAUGCACGUGUCUCUAUGUGUAUAGUAUAUAUAUAUAUAUAUAUAU